AUGUAAGCUCAUCUUCAUGUAUUCACUAAUACCAAUCAUCAUUAGGUCGGAUAAUCACAACCCCAUACCUCAGAGGCUCCAGUCUUACAAUUCUUGGGUAAAUCUAAGAAGCGUAAACGUCGUUCACUUGACACCAACGAUUGGAUUUCUCUUCACGAUUACAAAAUUAAAGGCAAUUCCCAUACCUAAUACCUCAUUAGACUUAAAGUUGAUAAUGUUGUAUGGUCUUUCUGGACUAGAUAUAGCAUGUUAUCUGAGCUCCAUUAAACUCUUGAUGAAGUGACCAAAUCCCAAUUGCCCACGUUCCCAGUUAAACGACUCUUUGGUAAUCUUAACCCAGAUUUCAUCUCAACCAGAAAAGCAUAACUUGAUAUCUAUCUUUAGGUUUUAAACCAAUCUCCUUUAUGUAGGCUCUUUUUAGAGAUUCCUAAGUCCGUGAUUCCAAAGUAUUUCAAGACUUCAUCAGCAAUUCAAAAUAAAAAGCCUUCAAAAAGGCUGACCUUGAUUCCCUUCAUCAAUUUAAAUUGGAUAGUAUUAAUGUUUUUAUUACUUCUCUUAGCAUUUGUUAAUCCCAUCCCUAUUUCAGAUCCAAAUCAACCUGCUUUCCUUAAUAAUCUUGAAAAUCAGGAAAGUAAACCUAUUUAAACUAAGGAAUUAUUCUUAUUGGAAAUUGCGGAUUAUUUUUAAGGAACACCUUUCUAUAAUUUUCUUGACUUAUAAAAUAAAGACAAUGAAACCAAAAGAAUAGUGAUUGCCACUGCUUUGUCAAUUGUUAUGAUAGUCGUUUUGUGCGUGAUUAUCUAAUUUGUCUUAGAUGUAGCCAAACAAUCCAACAUUUAAUUAAGUGUUGAAAAGAAGUCAAACUAAUCUGAUUGA